AUGAUGUUCGGGAAUGAUUGCUCGGUUCUGGUUCUGCCCAGCCCCAACGUCAAUAGCCACGGGAUGGCUAUGAGCGGGAACUACCCCAUAAUGUGCUCGCAUGCGGAUGUGUCGGGGCAGAAGCAUUUCACGCUGUUGCCACCGUUGACAAACUCGCAGCUUAUAGACAAUGACCUGAAGUACAAGCUGAACCGGUACUCCUUCUCUAUUGGGUCGUCGUCGGACACCAGUGCGUCAACGCCGGCCACUUCUCCUGUGUCAAGGGCGAUGUCCAACUCGCACAUACACGACCACGAUCACGUGCACGUGCACGAUCUCUUCCACAACAGUGAGUACACUGUAGCGGCUCCUAGAAACACCCGCAACGAGAGCACGAGUUCGCUGGCCGGGUCGGAUGCGGCAACUGCAAAUUCAUAUGUGCUCAGAGCUGGCACUACACUGAAUUCAAAACACAUAGUGAGGAAAGACUCACCAAGGGAGUUGCAAUCGGAGAUUUUGCGACAACAACCGCCAGUAAAGGUGGAACAGAGACGUAGAUAUGUUUGUAAGGUCUGCUCGAAAGCGUUCACUACUUCGGGUCAUUUGGCAAGACAUAACAGAAUUCACACCGGUGAAAAAAAUCAUAUCUGUCCCUUUGAAGGUUGUAAUCAAAGGUUCAGCAGACACGACAAUUGCAUUCAACAUUAUAAAACACAUUUCAAGAAGAAGGCCUCAUCGUAA